ACUGGAGACUGUUUAGCAAUGAGUAUUUCAGCAGUUUGGGUGCUUUUGGGAUUACUAUUUUGUGCCCAGUCCCGGUGCUCAGAGUGUCCCAGUGGCUGUGAGUGUUUUGCUGUCACACGCACAGUGAAAUGUGUGUCUACGGAUCUUCUGAUGGUGCCACAAAUUAUUCCCGGAUAUGCAAAGACUGUCAUCAUCACGGAGAAUACUAUUCACAGAAUUGGACCUGAUUCCUUUAAAGAGCUGGGGAAUGUUUCCAAGGUCAUUUUAAGCAAUAAUAGGAUGACACUUAUGGCAUCACACAGCUUCUCUGCUCUCAUCAACCUGCACUUCCUGGACCUCAGUGGCAACCAGCUGUCAGCUAUCCAUCCGGAAGCUCUGAGCAUCCCCGGGAGUCCUCUGCAAGAGCUCAACCUGAGCCGCUCACUCUACAACUUCACCGCACUGACAGACCUCACCACGGCUCUCCGCUGGGGGGACCUCCGGGGGCUCCUCCGUCUUGACCUCUCUGGGAAUCACCUUGCUCUGCUUCCCCCGGGGAUAUUCUCUGACCUAUUCAGUCUGCAGCAGCUCUUCCUUAGCAACAACUCUCUGGUGGCAGUCUACAGUGGAACCUUCUCCGGCAUGAACAACCUGGAGGUGCUUGACUUGUCACACAAUGCCUUCAGGACAUUCGGGACUGAUGAUCUGAAAGAGCUGGAGAAGCUCGGAAGCAUUCGGAUCCUUUUGGGUAAAAAUCCCUACUCUUGCUCCUGUGAGAUUCAGAAUUUUGUGGCUUGGUUGAAUGAUUCACAGGCUCAAAUAGAUCUAGAUUCUGUGAGGUGCAUCUCACCAAAGGAGUUGACCAACAUCCAGCUCAGAGGACUUGGGUUGAGGGCCAUCGGAUGCAUUGUUCCCACCCAAACAGAGAUUAGUGACCUUAGCCUACAAACGUCGUAUGUCUUCCUUGGGCUCGUGCUGGGCUUUGUGUUCAUGGUCUUCCUUUUCGUACUCUACCUGAAUCGUAAAGGCAUGAAGAAGUGGAUAAUUGAAAUGAGAGAUGCAUGUCAUGAUGUCUUGGAGGGAUAUCAAUAUCGAUAUGAGAUUGACUCAGAUCCACGCUUGGGGCACAUCUCAGCUCACAACGGCAUUAGCAGGGCACGUCAGCAUGUAGGUAUAUCUCUGUCACAGGAGCCACCAGAAGACACUUGUAUUGUUGCCGAAGACGCACAGGUCAACCCUCUAAAAUCUACUUCUGAAGCUAGAAAUGUCUUGUAGACUAGUUUAAUGCCAGUAGGUUUACAGUUUGUUUUUCGUCUCAGAGCUUCUGCAUGUACUGCAGCUAAACGUGAUAAACUUAACUUUAAAAGUGCCUUCAUGCUUAGACGGCACUGACUGGAACUUUUUUUUUUACAUGCAGUAACCUGUAUUUUAAUAGAAUAGAGUGCGUAUGAUUGUCAAACAUGCAAAUAUAACUUUGUUUUGUUUUGGUGUGUUUUUAUUACGGUAUAUCAUUUGUUAACAUAAUGACUCAACCACUACAUUACGUACACUUUCCAAUCAAAUAGGACCUAAUACAGUAUCAAGAAUUUUUGCCUUUGCAAAGAUAAAUCUUUGCAUAUCAAUGUACACUUUUUUAUUGACAUUUGCCAAUGUAUUAAUUUGACAUUAGAUUUUCUAUUGUGGCACUACUUUGUCUUAUGCAGCAGUGGACAAUAGCGUUGCAUGAUUCUGACAUUGGUUUGUAAUCAUUUAUAAUAACUGUAUAUAAAAUGGGCAGCACAUUGGAUGCAACCUUAGUGAGGUACAAAAAA